CUGCUACUGCAGCCACUGCGCCUUUCACCUGCGCCCGGCAGUCUGAGGCUUCCUGUGGGCGGGCAGAAGUGCCCCGGCCAAAACAAGUGCAAAUAACUUUGUUCCCUGACCUCCGCUUUUCCCUAGCUCUUCUGCUUUCCUGUAUCCACUUUUCCUGUAUUCACUCCUGUGCCCCCUCUGCCCACCCGGACAUGGGCAGUGGGUGAAGCUUGCUGCUGUAUCUCCAGGUGUGUGCCAGGAGUUUUCAGUUCCUCCUCCCUCCGAGCUCUGCAUUUCCUCCCCACAGGAAGCUGCUUUGCUAAGGACCAGCUCACACUGACCCAUCAUGGCAUCCAACAAAUUUGUCAUUAAGUGUGGGAACUUUGCUGUCUUGGUGGAUGUUCAUAUUUUGCCUCAAGGCUCCAGUAAAGACACCAGCUGGUUUUCAGAUCAUGAGAAAGAGGAGGUCUGCAAGCUGCUAGAAGAAGUUGUUGCUUCGAGGGUCAAACACUACUUGGAGGCACCUAAACAACGUGGUCAGGGGAAGCCCACGGAACAGGGAUCAUCUGGGCCUUUGUUUCUUACCGCCAACAGUUUGCACAUCACUGCCUACUUUAUGAAGAGAUGGGUUAAUCUCCGCUGUGCUCUAGGGAAACGUUAUCGUGAGCUCCGUGUGUUUCCUGAGAAAUUUAUCGUUUGUGUCAGUAAACUUGACUUUGAUCCAAGUGCUUGGACAUGUGACAAUGGUGGAUUGAAAGAAGAACUUUCUGGGACGUCUGAAUAUUUUACUGAAGCUGCUGAGAACAAGGAGCCUAAGAUUAGUCUGAGUGAACAAAUAAAGCAAGACAUCCUGAGAAAAAUUGUGAAGAGGACAAAACCAAGGAGAAGUAGUGCAAGCAAACCUCAAAUCAGCAAGGACUCCAAGAAAGCGUAUCCUGGCUGGGCAGACUCGCAGACAGAGAACAGAAAGAGCGACUGUGAGACUGCUCCCAGUGCUCGGUCUGCUGUGAGACGCAGGAGCCCAGGCCUGCUGAAGGACUGCACAAACACAGCUGAGAGCAGCUUGGGCCUUCCUGUGCUAGAGCAGAGAAGGGAUGUUCAUCAGAGACAGCCCGAAAAGGUUCACAGCCAGCGCAAAGCUCACUCUCUGGAGCGGUCAGAGGCGAGUCUGCUCAGUGAGAGCCCUCCUUGCAGCUCUGAGUCAGCGCUGCCAGCUCCUGAGCAAAGUCAGAGAGGGACCGGAGCACGGGCUCAGCUCGAGACCUGUGGUUCACAGGAAGAGUUGGAGCAUUUCACCAAAGUGUCCUCUGAAGGGACUCCUUUAAUGUCUGUCAGUACAGAAGUGAGUGAGUGUGAUGAUUAUUGUUUGGGUCCAUUCCUGGAGGAGAAGACACCUCUUAACUCCAGGUUGUUUUCAAAGCAAGAUGUGACAGAGACUGUGGCUGACAAGAAGUCGUUGACUUUGAGAAAAAACCCCUCCUGGUCUCUUUUUGUGGGCAGCAGUGGAGUGCAGACAAGCCAAAAUGAGCUAAGCACAGCCCCUGAAGAGCUGCCUGCAGAGCCAACAUCAUGUCUAGAGCUGCACACCGUGUCUUCAGAGAAGCUUUCCCAAAAAAGAAAAAAAGAAGUGGAAAGUGGUCUCGGGAAGUUAAAACUGCGAAGGCUUAAGAAGUCAAAAUCUGAAAUACUGCCUUGAUAGCAUGGGUGGUCAGCCGAGGUUGUGCCUAAGCAGAGAGCAGGAAGCAAUUCAAAAUUAUGGAAAACAAUAAAAAUACAAAAUCAAAAUUAGAGAACACAUUAAGAAAAUUUAGUUAACCAAGGAUCUUAGUCAUUUGGCACUGUAAUAAAGGUAAUCCUUUUAAGUCUUUAGGAAUUAGUCAUGAUUAUUGCACAAGUCAGCAUCAUAUUUAUAGAAAGAAAAAUCUCUUAUAAAAUAUUUACUAAGCAAAAUUUUAGAUUUAUACAUCUUCAGUGCUAUUAACAAGUCAUAUCAGCUGCUGACAGCAAAAGUUAAAAGUCCUUGUGUGAUCUGUUAGCAGCUGCAGUUACUUGGUAUCUUGCUUGUUUCUGAGCAUGUAGUUUAUUUUGGUUAAAAAUUAACCCUUUCUCUAUAUUAGAAAGUUCGUGGUUUACUCACAUGAUCUUUACAGCAGUAAAACAAAUUAAGUUUAUUUCAAAUAACUCUUUAACCAGGAUUAAUAGCUGAUGAUUUGAGGCCCACUUUUUCAGAGAAGUUUCAAAAUAACUAUAGUUUCUGCUUGUGUAGUUUUGAUAUGAACAUUUAGUUCUAGCCCAUGUUGUGGAUACAAGUCAUGCAUUCAGUCUUGGGGAAAGAAUGAAGAUUUCUUUUAUAUAUUUAGAUUUAUAUAUUUGCACCUGGAUUGCAAACAUUGUUCUUGGGUGAAGUUCCUCUAUAAACAUGUCUACGCAUCUUCAUGGAUACAUGUUUCAAAAUCAGGCCUUGCUUGUGUGCAAGGGCAACAUGCUGGUUUUCAUGUGGAAGUAAUACCAGAGUUAAAUCACAUUUUAAGAUAAAUUUUAAUUUCACAGUGCUUGUUCGUACUGCUUCUUAAAUUUAAAUGCUAAUGAGCUAAGGAAAUGUACCUUUUUUAUUUCAUGCUUAUCUUUUUUAAAUGUGUAGAAUAAAUGUAUAAGCUGUUUCCUUUCAUCAUUCUCAAGCUCAGUGUGACCGCAGCCUCUGAGGCAGCAGUGCCCUGGCAGCAGGAGAGCCAGCCAUGUCCUUGGCAUGCAGCAGGCCCCGGAGGGGACUGUCCCACUCUGCUCUGGCCCCAAGGGCUGGGGACGGCUGUGGGCACUGGAAUGUACAGAAGAUACAAAUGUGUUUGAGAACAUCCAGAGGAGAGCGCGAGGAUGGUGAAGGCCUUGAGGGGAAGCCCUGUGAGGAGCAGCGCUGGGUCUGUUCAGCCUGGAGAAGAGGAGACUGAGGGGAGACCUGAUUGCAGCUACAGCUUCCUGGUGGGGGGAACAGGAGGGACAGGCACUGGUCUCUUCUGUGUGGUGACAGUGACAGCACCUGAGGGAAUGGCCUGAAGUUGUGUCAGGGCAGGUUUAGCUUGGAUAUCAGGAAGAGGUUUUCCACCCAGAACCUGGCUGGGCACUGAGCAGGCUCCCCAGAGAAGUGGUCACUGCACCAAGCCUGGCAGAGCUCAGGAAGCAUUUGAGCAACGCUCCCAUGCACAGGUGGGAUUGUUGGGGUGUCCUGUGCAGGGCCAGGAGCUGGACUUUGGUGAUCCUUGGGAGGCCCUUCCAGCUCAGCAUAUUCUGUGCUCUGUGAUUUUGAGUGAAGUAAUUUAGAAAAAUCUCAGUGACAUUUACUUACGACUGUGGAUCUCCUCAUUGAGGUUAAGGAGGUGAUUCACAUCCAGGAGCAUUAGAGUUGGUGGUGUCACCCAGGUCUUGAUGAGAGUUAGCUGCUCUGCAGCUGACAGCAGGACACUGCUGAUUGUACAGCUUCCUCCUGCUGGAAGUGAUUUCUGCUCUCUUGCUGCAAAUGAAGAAGAUUCUGCAUGUGUCUGGAGGACAUGUUCUCUUUUUUCUUUCAGCUCUUUGGGUGAUGUUUCUCAGUGCUUUGCAGUCAGGUUGCAAAUCCUUACCCAGCUCCAGGCUCUGCUAAAAGGUCUUUCCCAGUACCAGCAAAACCAAGGCUGCAAAGAACCUGGUUUGGAGGACGAAGAGCCUGAGUAACCCGGGUGAAGGAGAAGAUGUGGGCUGAGGGAACGGCCGCGCACGGAGCCUUUCAUCAGAGGAUAUCAAAGCACUCCAGCUGAACCUGGAGGGAGCUGGAAGUGCUCAUUCUGACAGCUGGGGCAGCACUGAGGGAAGAGCUGCUUCCAAGGUGUCAGCUGGUGUGAGAACAGGAGGUGUGUCUGUGCAAGGAAAAUGGUUUCACCAGGGCACGGCUGGAGAUGCAGUCCCACCUUUGGGCCCCGGCCUGGGUCACGUUCCCCUGGCCUGAGGGGCUCCAGCUGCCCUUGGCUCCUGCCAGCACUGCAGAGCGAGCCAUUCCCGAGACUGGCAUUCCCGGUGACAUGAAUGUAUUGGUGUGAGGGCUGAUGUAACUGCACCAUCAGCACCUUUCCCAGGUACCUCUACGUAAGAUGGGCCCUUUCCAUGCGGAGGUGCAGGGCUUUGAUGUGGCCGUGUUCAGCCAGGCUGAACCAAACCCUGAUGCAGCAGGUUCAAUUAGCUGUAGGUAGAGCAAAGCUCAGAGUGCUAAGGAGAGCAUUUCAUUUCAUUUCAUUUCAUUUCAUUUCAUUUCAUUUCAUUUCAUUUCAUUUCAUUUCAUUUCAAUUCAAUUCAAUUCAACUUCAUUUCUUGCAUGCUUAAAUGGCAGCUCAGGAAGCACACACUUUUCAGUGCUUAGAUGAAGAAGGUUCCAAAGAACAAACUUACACUAGCAGUGGGAAACUUCUCCUGACUAAACAGAAUAUAUUUUCCCUGAGUAGAAGUGUUAACUGGCAAAGUAUGAUUUCCACAAGAAUAAAUGUGCCUUGGUAUUCUAAGAGGGAAGCCCUAAAGUUCACGUUUCUAUUUAUUUUCAUGGCAACGGAAACCACUUCAUGGACCAGCCCCCAGCUUGGUAGUGCAUCUGGGCUUUGGGGGACUGUUCUUGUGCUACAGGCACCAGUGUAGGUUUUGGAGUUACCACUGAGAUAGGAGGAUUAAUUAAAAAUACCAUUAUGGCAAUGGUGUAGAAUUUUCUGACUGCCCCCUGUACAACUUGCAUGAUUCUAAUUUUCUAACACCGUGGGAUAGUGACAAAGUGAGGAAAACCCACGGAGAGAAGCAGGGUGUGUGUGGAGGAGCUCUGCAGUAGCAAAACCUCUGCAUGGAGCACAGGAAAGGCUGGAAGUUAAUGAAUGAACCCUGAGCUCAGGGCUUUGACAUGUUUUGAAGCUUGAGGAACCCAGGUUUUGCUUUCACUGAGUCUUCAGAGACCUAAACAGCUUUGUCACUACAUGUACACAUUGUUAAAUGAUUAAGUCUGUAAAUAGAAAUGGCCUCAGUAGGUUUUCUAGAAGCCUGACAACUAUAUGUUCUCAGAAAUAGCAAAUGCCCUAUUUUAUUUAUUUUUUUGGUUAAUAGAAGGCAGACUCCUACAAUUCCCCACAAAUUCAGGUAUGUUUAAGCCCUUUGGAAGUGGGGCUCAUGUUUCUGUAUCCUUGAAUUUGAGACCCAUGUGAACAGCAGACAGUGGGAAGAUGGUUAAUUCAACAUUAAAAGUACAGGAAAGCAGUCAGGGAAUAGCCCAUCUUUGCCCUUUGGAGGCAGGUGGAAGAUUCCAUUAUCUUUAAGCAGUUUUUUUGGACACGACGUGUUUGCUUUAUUGCAGAUUUAGAAGUCAGGGAACAAAGGGAAAUAAAUACUCGUGGGAUUUGUUUGAUGAGGAAUUAUUGAAGUGGUCAGCUGAAGCUAAUGGUGUUGACUUCUCCUUCAGGAGGCAGUAAAUUAAACAGGCUCCAGCACCUGCCCUGUGUGGUGAGUGUGAAGAGUAAAAGCAGCACCCAGCCAAAGUACAGUAGCCACAAUGGAAAUCUUCUAAAGUGAAUUUCCCACCCGCUUGGCUCUUGCACUUCCCGUGAGGCCCACAAACGUUGGAAGAGAUGUAGCGAACCCCUUCGGGUGUGCUGUUGGAAGCCACUGCCACGGUGCAGCUGUCAAUUACUGCAGAAAAGCAGAGA